CUGAACAAGCUGUCUGUGGGAGGACUGUCAGCUGUUUUUCAUCGUAUGAAAAGUUAGAUGGGAGUCACAACAAUCUCUAACUUAUAUCAACUGAUGCUGUCUGCGUCUAAGUGAUGGUGUGAGGACUCGGUGGAGAGAGACUCGUGCGCAAAAAUGCAGAUUUUUCUCCCUUUGCUGUGUGUUCUGUGCGCCACACCGGUCCACGGCACUGUCGACGGAACCUGUCCCAGAAAAACCCCUCCCCCUGGUGUGUUGGUUUUAACCCCGGGCAGUAAGUUGGUUUUGACCUGCAGCGGUCAUGUUGAAGUGGACGGAGUAAAGGUCAACAAGGCCAGAAACAGCUCUAACACCAACAGAAGAUCGAGUCCUUCUGUUAACCCAACCACUGUAAACAUUAUAAGCAACACUGAAGUUUCGACGAAAAGUGACAAACAUACUGUGGAGAAGACUGCACGUGAGGGUUACUCCUCCAUCCCCACUGAUGCAGGAGAAAACAAAAGCCUUGGACAUAGUAAUGCAGUAAACACAACUUCUCCCAGCACUCACACAGUCCAGCCAACCGGUGUGAGCAGACUGGUAAAGGGUGAAUCCAACAAGGAGGAUGAGUAUGGCGAUUAUGAGGAGGAGGGGGAGGAAGGGGGAAGAGUAACAAGGGGCAUAAAGUCGAGGCUACAGUGGAAGUGGAACGGGAAGACAGUGGGAAAAGAAGACAGAGAAAUCACAUUUGAGAGGAGAGGGGCUUCCCUGUCUCUGUCCACAGUCAGACUGACAGACGCUGGGAGGUACACUUGUUAUCACAAAGGCAGACAGAGGUUCUCCGUAAAAGUCAACGUUGCAGAUCCUCCAGAGACUCCCAGCCUGUCCUGCUACAAAAGGUCACCCAGCAGUAAGAUUCGCUGUGAGUGGGCACCUCAGAAGCCCUUCACUAUAUCGCCUAACUGCUCUCUCUUACUCAGUAAAAGUCCGACAGAGGCAUUCCUUCGUUUGCAGUGCUCAUAUUCAUCUCUGUACUCCCGCUGUUGGUGUGCUAUGAACCACAAUGAUGACGAGCUGAGAACCCUUCACAUGGCCUACCUGUGCGUCACGAGCGUCGAAGGCAAUGCCACCAGCUCCCUGCUGUCAUUCAUUCCUCUGAACAUAUUAAAGCCCGACCCUCCAUCAGAUGUGUCAGUCCGAAAGGAGGAAGGACAGGAGACGAGGAUGACGGUCUCCUGGAAUUUACCAAAGUCUUGGAAGUCUCAAGACCGCUAUUAUGAACUUAUCUACGAGAUCAAAUACCGACCUCUCAAAUCCUCGUUGGAUUAUUGGCAGAUACAGUCGAUUAACGACAUGCGCUCCUACAGUGUAAUGGAUGCGAUGCCUGGUGUUGAGUACCAGAUACAGCUCAGAACUAAGGAAGAGUAUGAUGGUCAUUGGAGUGACUGGAGUGCACCGAUCUAUGAAAGCAGUUGGACAGCUAAAACGUCAGCCGAGUAUGAGGAUCUCGCUUCCACAACGUUUUCAGUAUACACAGAAGGCUCUGGUGCAGAUGGAGAUGAGUCUGAUGUUCCUGAACCAGUGCAAGGUGAAGACGACGAGUCACGUCACGUCCUGUGGCUCUCUGGUUCAUUUGCUCUCUUGUCUGUCAUUUUAGCUUUCUACAUAUUCAGACACAAGGACAGAUUUAUGUCUAAACUCCUGAGUCUGAGUGUUGUCAGCCAGCGUAGGGACUCUCUUCGGCCUAUGCCCUCCUCCCCAACGGCUUCAGAAGGGCAUGCUCUGGUGACCUUUGCCCCUCCUCGUUUCAAAGAACCCCCACGGAGCGAAGUGGAAGGAUGUGAAGAAGAAAUUGAAGAACAACAUAGGCUGAAGGAGAGGAUAGAAGCCAUACACUUCAACAACACAAGUUAUUUCUUUUUCCAUAGGGAGUGAUGAACCAGAGGAUAAUGGACCUAAAAUUGUUAUCGUUCUCCAAUGAGCUUCUGCCGGAAGCAAACUCAAGAACAGCUUGUAUAGUCACUUUUUCUAUCUCUAACUGAUACCUAAAAUACCUCCAAAAGACAUUUUGUUGUUGUAUUUGUCUUAAGAGUAGCAUGAUAGCAACUCUCUCCCAUGUCUGGGUCAAUUUAAAGUGUUUAUAAACUGUAGACUAAGCGUAGGCCUAAUUACAGGCUUACAUCUAGCACUCCACCUCAUGUUCUGUGUGUGUGUAUAUAAUGUGAUUAAGGUUUAUCAAAUAUAUCACUUACUUCCUGUUC